AUGAGCGACUACACUAUCCAAAAGGAAGCUUCCCGGAUCUUCCACGACGUGCUUUUACAAGACGCACGCCUCGGCCUCCCAAAAGAGGUGAUAGAAGCGGCCUCGCGGACAAUCGUUGACGAGGAGACGCCGAUUGCAAAGCCCUUUCUACCCGCGCCCACCAAGGCCAGUGAAACCAGCACGGCCCUGUGGGCUCUCCUCGCCACCUAUGGCAAUGUACUCGCGCAGCAGCGCUUCGGCAUCACACAGACCGUGACUGUCAAUAGCGACUUGGCGACAAUCUUCAUCUUUGCGUUUAUGCUGACCAAGUUUGGAGACAAGAGCAUCGGCGACCCGGACAUCGUACCACGAUACCAAAAGUACGACCUGGCCAAGCAAUACCUGCCUUGGCGCCGAUUAUGCACUAAUGUGUACCCAACAAAAGAUGGAAGGUGGUUUCAUACGCACGCCAGUCUAGAUGCCAACAAGACCUUGCAGAUGCUGGGUCUGCCCACGUCCGACGAUGAAAAGGAUGAGUUGAAGAUCAUUGGUCGCUAUUGUGACAAGCUUAGGGAAUACGACGCUGCCUGGUUGGACCUCGAGGCGAAUGAACACUGGCGCCAGGCCGGCUGCAUCGCGCUCACCAAGGAGGAGUAUCUGGCGAGUGAGCACGGCAAGGUCGUCGCUCACGACCCCAUCUACCUGGUUGAAGCGUUCCAGGACGAGAGACUUCCUCCGGUUCCGUGGCCGCAAGUUGACAAUAGCACCACGUUUCGCCCCCUCGAGGGCAUCAAGAUCCUCGAUCUCACCAGAGCCAUUGCCGGGCCGACCAUUGCGCGGCUCGCGGCGCUCUUUGGCGCGACCGUCGUGCGCAUCUCCCACGAGCAGCUGUCCGAGCUGGGCGCCAUUCUGGUCGAGAGCAACCUGGGCAAGGUCGACGUGAACCUGGACCUCAAGUCCGACGCGGGCCGCCAGACCCUGCUCCGCCUCCUCGAGGACGCCGACGUGCUGCUCGAUGGCUUCCGCCCCGGUGCCCUCGAUCGCCUCGGCUUUGGCCCCAAGUACGUGCACGAGCUGGCGCGGCGGCGCGGCCGGGGCCUGGUGUAUGCCCGCGAGAACUGCUACGGCUGGGGCGGGCCCCUGUCGCAUCGCAGCGGCUGGCAAAUGAUUAGCGACGCCGUCGUGGGGCUCUCUUGGGAGAUGGGCAAGUUUGUCGGCCUCGACGAGCCCAUUGUUCCGCCGCUGCCCAAUGCCGACUUUCAGACUGGCAUCAUUGGCUGCUUGGGCAUCAUGAAUGCGCUGGAUCGGCGAGCCAGGGAGGGUGGCAAUUACCUAGUCUCCAUGUCGCUCAACCAGUACAAUAGCUUCCUACUGUCGGUUGGUUCGCAGCCUGCGGAUAUCCAGGCCGGGUUGCAGGAAAAGUGGAAAGAUAUGAACUUUAGACACUAUGAUAACAUGAACAGGAUUUUGCGCAAGCUCAUACCUGCAUUCCCGGAGAAAGUGCCAGAACUCUUUUCUCCGGCGUAUUUUGAAAAGAUCAGCGCAGACUGGGGAACGCCUGGAGAGGAAUUGACAAUCUUGAAGCCAGUGGUGAAGUAUGAGAAGACGGAACUCAAGUACGAUUAUGGAAGUACGGAGAAGGGGAAACAUCCAGCAGAAUGGCCAAGUCAGCAGCUAUAA